AUGGCCGUGGCAGCACAAGGCCACCGCCUGUCCUCGCUCAGUCUCCUCGCUCUGGUCGUUUUCCUCUCCUGCUUGGCGCCGGGUCGAGCGCAGGCCUGUACCGAGUGCAUUCGCUCCCCAGCAGCCAACGAAACGUUUUACCUUGAUGAUCCCAACGGAAUUGUCUGGCACACCACCAACGCCACUGAUCGCAGCGUGAUUGUUCGCCUUGCCAAGGCCGAUGCCAACUCAGCCUCGGGCUACAGCGAUGUCCUUUACAACGGUGAACCCAUUUUGCGCGAGACGGUGACGCAGACACUCGGUCUCAACCAGCUGGUGCACACUUUCACCGUCGACCCUGGCACCAACUUUGUCAUCCUUGUCACUGACGCCGUCACCAACGAAAUUUUGCUCGUCUCCGACCCCUUUGAGAUUGAAAUCGACCCGGGUAAUGUCAUCAGCAUCCCACUUCCACCCGAGGGCGCCGUGAUGCAGCUCGAUCAAGAGUUUCGACUCGUCGUGAAAAACCUUGAAAAUAGCGCUUAUCAGAACGAUACCUUGAUUUUCGCCAUCAUCUGCAUCUUUGAAAACGGAACCAAAGCUAGCUUGUCGAAGUGGGGCGUCAUUCGCUCUUCCAUCGAUGCUAGUGACGCUAAGGUUGAAGAUGCAGAUCGGUCUGUUGCGUACACAAGGUUGCCAAUCACCAGUUUUCGCUUUGCCGUGCUGUUGGACGGCACGGUUGUAAGCGAUGGCCAUGACUGGUACUUUCCAAUGUUCUUUGCGGAUCCCCUUUCCCUGCCCACCGUCCUGGAGCCCGGUUCUGUUUUUAACAUCACCAUCCGUUCUCUGCAUUUGAUGGGCAACGACGUACUGCUUCGACUCGAAAGCCAAUCCAACCCAAACAUCCGUGAGACUACCGUUCUCGCGAACCCAGGAGCCAGUCGCACCUAUCAAUGGACUGUCCCUCACCUUCCUGCUGGCAACGACGAGUACGAACUCUACAUGAUCGUCGCCGCCUUUCCCGCGAAAGGAUUUACGAUCGAGAAUGACCUGACCCUGGCUGACACUCACACGCUGACGAGCUCCAAUGUGCCCUGGCAGCGUUGUCAGUUGGCUGUUGCCAGCUGGACGGCGCUGCGCUUGGGCCCUUUCACCGCCUCCCUGCGAUGGGUCUAUGAUCAUGCUGCACAAGCAUCUGAACAUGUUCUGACUCUAGUCAGUGGGACCCCCGACUAUGCGCUGGCUACCAUGCUCCCCGCUCAGUUAGCACUGGGGGAUCACUAUCUCCUACGCAUCGCCCAGGCAGAGAACAGCGGCGUUUUUACAGACGUGCUCGAAGCUCUCUCUGUGCUCGAUGACGCUUGUCGCAACACGUCCUGUGGUGGUCGGGGCAACUACACAAAUGGCCGGUGCAUAUGCCCUGCAAGCCAUUAUGGGCCCGACUGCGAGACAGAGGCCUUCCCCACUCUUGUUGGGUUCUUGCACCAGCCACACCAGGCGCUGCGCGAGGGUGAUGCAAGCAAAGUCAUGAUUCUGAAUAACAUGACUUUGGAGGCCUGCAUCAAUGCAUGUGCGCGCACGGACGAGUGUAUUGCCGCCACCUACGCGCAAGGUUGGACCGAUGCCGCCCUACAGUGCCGGCUGGUGGUCAACAUGAGCUUGGCAAGCCUGGCGUCAAUCGAGCGAUCGAGUGUGGUGUACGAUAUGUUUACCAAACACCCGUGCAACGUGGACAACUGCUCGCUCUGCACAAGCGACGGUGACACCUGCCUUCGCUGUUCCAGCCCAAUGAGGUUGUGGGAUAACCAAUGCCUUGUCGACUGUCCGCCUGGGACGCAUCUUGACAUCGAUUCACUUACCCAUGGAGAAACGUGCACGCCCUGCCCACCGGGCACCUUUGCACCCGUUGCAAAUGCCGCAGCUUGUGUGGAUGCGGCCACCUGCGCACCUGUUGGCAUGCAAUAUGAAGCUCGCGAGCCCACUCCCUCGUCAGAUCGCAUCUGUCUCAAUGUAACCGUCUGUGCCGCUCAUGAGCGACCCAUCAUCUUUGCUACCGAGGACACGGACAAUGUUUGUGCCAAUGCCGCCGUUCCUGUCGAGUUUUACCACCCAACGCUGGGGUUCAAAUUGGGUACCAGUAGCUUUGAUCACCGCUCUGGCCGCUCGACUCAAAAUCUGACCCUGCCGUUGCAAUCCCCGCUUGGUGCCACUGGCUCAUUGACCGCCCACCUUGGUCGAACCAUGACCACCUUGGACGUGGGCAGCCGACCACCUUUGGCCAAUGUUGCCACCACGGCGCACUUGCUUGCCAACCCGGCGCGUCUCUCCGCCGACCGUCCCGUCCAAGCCUUUCUUCAAGGUGUCUGGAACGAUACCGGUGCUUGGGUCCGAGAUGGUCAUGUGUUGAGCGCUAGCUUGAGCCCGAUUGACUUUGUCGCAGCGGAUCUGCAAGCCACUUGCACCAGCGACAUCCGUGGCGGGUGUCAAGUCACGUUUGCCGUGCCGGCUCCAUGGUUCGCUGAUGCUGGGGGACUGGUUCGCUCGGCGGCUCUCAGGAAUGCCGAUGGCACGCUUGCCGCCCAUAUCUCGCUGUAUCCCAGUGUCAACGCGAGUGCGCAGCCCGAGGCGACGGCCGCCGGUAUUGUAGCCAUCGGACAGAUGCGUCGUGCGCGCCCAGGUACGACCUACGACGUCACCUUUCGUGUCGUCGUGCCUCACAACAGAAAGCUGGGUGGUUUGACACUUUCAAUCGUGUCCCCCGACACCCUGGUUGUGGAUUUGCGUGCGGCCACCGUGACUAAGCUCUUCUCGGACCUGACGCUGCAGAGCGCUGCCGGUAAUGGUACCCGGCUGGUGCUAGCGGGUGUCUUUGCAACGGCACCAGAAGAGCGCGUCAUUGAGCUGGUGCGCAUAGCUUUUCCCGUGGCAUCGCAGGCUGAAGCUGGUCCGCUGGUCCUUAAUAUGACACUUGUCAGCCUGGUUGAUGAUGCAGCCAAUGAACUGGUGGCCGAUACACCCAUAGCGGUCUUGGAUGCAGCAGACUCGCUGGCUGGACUGUCGAGCACGGUGCGAAGCGAUGGUCGCUUACGCAUUCUGCUAGACAGCGAGGAACCCGUGGCUGUCUUUGUGGCAGGAACCGACCAGCCGCAUCACCUCAAUUGGGCGCAGCUUGAGGCUGGGGCCACCCCGCCUCAGGGUAACCUGCAAUCACGCACACUGUCAUCUUGGGGGGCGGAGACAGCUCCAGCUCGACACUGCACCAGCAACGAAGACUCGCUCACGCUUGCCCCGGGUUGUGACACAUGGAUUGCAACGGCCAACACGAGCGGUGUCGUGACCAUCAAUGUUUCGGCCGGCAGUUUGACGGCACAGGUUCGACUUGACGUGGUUGGGCCCACCUUGCCGUUGACCCUCAUGGCACUGCACCCAGCGACGGCUUUUGCCCGCUCCAGCGUGGAGUUGCGUGCCAUUAACGGAACAGAUCUUUUCCAGGUGGCGGACUUGGUAUUAAGCACGCGCUGGCGUGGCUUUGCGACCAACGUUCAGCUACCCAUUGGUAGCACUGGUCGUCAGCUCGUUUGCAUCGGUGACGACGUCGGUCUUCGUCUCGUUAACGAUACCAUUUCCGUCUCUGCACCUGGUAUCUGUCGACUAGCAAUACACGUUGAUGGGCAAGCCAUUAGUACCGAAAUUGUCCUCACAGUUAACGACACCAACCCUGUUCAACCUCGCGGCGUUAUUGCGCAUGUUGUGACGGGGCUGGAGUCCGAAGAUCCAGCCGUUUGGUCUAGUUACACUGACGUUAGCACUGCAGCAGUUUGGCCCAAUGCAAACUUUUCAAAGGAGGGUCAGCAGGGCCGCCUGGCUGUAUACGGCGCACUGAGCGACGGCAGCAUCCUGCCCCUGUCUUUGGGCACCGGGCCGAACACGGUAGUCCCUAGCCUGCGUCAAGCCGCAGCGGGCGUCGUCCAGCUGGCUCUUGACACUUAUCGUGUCGACAGCAACGCCCCAAACGCGUCUCUUGACUCCGCAUGGUUGGGCGCUUCAAACACAACUGUGGCUCGCGGGGAGGUUCGGUUUCAAAUUGCACUGCCGGCUCCGGUGAGCCUGGAGCUUUUUGUAUCAGACGUGCAAAUUACCCGCAACGGCAGCGUGGCCGCGCGCUUGGGGGUGGCAACUCAAAUCACCGUAACCGUGAUCGUACACUACGACGAUGGUACCCAGCGUGCCGUGCCCAGCACGGACGACCGACUCUCACUCGCAGUAGACGCUGGUCAAGCCAUGGUGAGCGGGGCGGAACUUCGGCUCGUUGCAUCGGCUGCGCCCGGCCCCUUUAUGCUACGGGCCAACUUCAGCCAUGGCAACCUUGCGACGAACCAAACCCUGACAGCAGUUGAGGCGGUCGCGCUUGCAGGACGGCUGCGCCGCUUUCCCGUGCCAACCGAUGUCAAUGUGACCAGCCUCGCUCGAAUCGGUGCCACGGCGAUCUGGCAGCAGGCCCGCGUGGAGGUCGAUGCUGUCCUGUCCGAUGGCUCACGCAUAGGCGUGUCGCAUCGUGAUGACGUCGCCGUCGUAUCUGCGACGCCUGAUCGGGUACAAGUGUCUUGGCUCUCAAAUUUGUACGUGGUGACGCGUUCACCCGGUGGGGCAUUUGGCGCGGCUCAGAUCUACAUGUCUCUGGAUACGCUGAAUGCCACGCUAUCUUUGACUGUUCUUGACUCGGCCGUUGCGGUUGCGAGCAUUACGGGUCUUAGUUUCCCAACAACGUUUACUGGUUCGGUCGGCACCCAAGCUUUGCCAUCAUGUUCUGUCACGCUUGAGGAUGGCAGCGAGUUGCCCGCCAGCUUCCUCUUUGACGAGACGACGGGUCACCUGUUGCUUCCUGGCCUGUUUGAGUUUGGUGUUUCGAACACUGCCAGUGUGACUGUCAACGCCUCGUCGGGCCUCGCGACCCUUCUGGACAACGACAUUGUGUCCAAUGCGUAUGGUGUUCAAGCUGUGCGUGUCGAUGCCGAACCCGGGGUACGGGAGGCCGUAAGUUUUGCUGCCAACCUGGCAGCUGCGCCAGGUUUGGCUGAUAUCGGCGCCCAAAGUGGCAUCCCAUUACCCACGCUUUCGGUGGGCGACGUGGUGGACGUGCCGCUGCUAUUGCAUUUUGGCGCCGUGGCGGUGGAGGGGGCUGCUGCUUCUCUUAGCAUCUUUUACAACGCCACGGCUUGGACUGUGCUGGACGUGGUUGCUGCGCCGGCGUUUGCGGGUAUCGUGGCCGCCAACGGUCGCUCCACUGGCGUUGUCAACGCCACCGCCAUUCUUCAAGGAUCGACCGGCGUGUCCGGUCUGCAGCCAGUGCUGCUUCUGACCCUGCGGGCUGAGGUGGCUGGGGAUGCAGCGCUCAGCGUGCGUGUGCUCUCAUUCACUAAUCAGGAUCAGGCCCCGAUUGGAGACGCGGUGCUUCCAGCUCUCGCACCCGCCGCGGCGGUACAGGCCCGUGUCACGCCGGCGGUUCUUCGCCGUCGCCGCGCCCUUACCUGUUCCCAGACCGAAGCAACGGCCACGUGUCCUGCCUCACGACCGGCGGGUGAUGCAGAUGGCAACUGUUGCCUUACGCCAUUGGAUGUCUUGUAUCAGCUUGAUUAUAUCGUGCUCGCCGAGCUGGGCACCCCGUUGGCGGUGGAAGCAUUCCAGCUGGCGGGACUGGAUGCGGAUUUGGAUGGUGUUGUUGCACUAUCGGAUGCCCUCCUCACGCUGCGGGCGCAGGCUGGCCUCCUUGCCUUUGCGAGUGAACCUUCCGUGGCCGUGCCUGCCUUUGACGGCUCAGGCUCGUGCAUGCUCCAGGUCAAUGUGACCCUGUCGGCGGCACAAGACACAUUUCUGGCUGUGGGCGAGACUUUUGUGGUCUUUAUCCUGCAGGCGCAGCAAGACCAAGAGCUUGCGGACGGUUUGAGUGCUAGCUGGGUCCACCGGGGUACCUUGCUAGAGCCGCAGGCCGGAAGCUCAACGACCGCCCAGUUUAUCAGAGGCGAAUUACUCGAAACGCAGGGCAUGACUCGUGCCGUUUUUGGGGUUGAGUUGGACAGCCGUCUGAGCCUGGCACAAUUGGGAAUAUCUUAUUUUCAGGGCAGCAAUGCAACCCUUGAGCGGCAGGCUGCCAACCUCGGCCCUUGGGCACGAGACAGCAGCUCAGCUGAGUUGUACGCUGCGCAAUCAGUGCAGCUGAUGCUACCCACCGGGGUCAUCGAGCGCGUCGUCUCGCCCUAUGCACCCCCGAUUGUGGUCAACCACACAUCCUCAAGCGCGACAUGUCGGGCAGCGCGCCGGUGUGGAGCAGGGGAAUACACGGCCGUGAAUGCCACGUUGACUUCGGAUCCCGUGUGCCAACCAGGACGAACCUGUGCGGCGUUUGAGUUUGAGACGUCGCCAUUGCGGGAGUACGAGAAUCGCAUCUGUGCCAAUGCUAGCGUGUGCGACGCGACCAGCCAGUUUAUUGCGGCGCCGUUGACGGCAACCACAGAUCGCACGUGUGCUACGGCCACACCCUGCAAAGCACACGAAUACCAAACCAUGCCCAAGCAGGCAGAGACAGAUUUUAGCUGUGCCAAUGUGACGGAAUGCAGAGUCGGGGAAUACACGUCUGCUUCACCGACAGCGACGUCAAAUCGUGUUUGCCAGGCCAUUGUCACGUGCGGCCCUGAUGAGUAUGAAGUGACAGCGCCCACCAACACCUCGAACCGCGUUUGCGAGCAGGUGCCAAUGUCAACGCCCCCAGCUCGGACGGUACCGUCAAGCAAUAAUCGCACCUCGGCCACUGGCCUGAUCAUCAUGGGUGCCGUGCUGGGAGGCUUACUGCUUUUGUUUUUGCUGGCACUUCUCAUUCUAUGGUGCUGGCGUCGACGCCGAGCGAAAAAGCCAAGUAAACCUGCGGAGACGGGGGAUUUGCAGCUAUCGCCGCUGGAAAUCGAGCAGAUUGAGUUGGAUAAGCAGGGAUUCUCGUCACGAGGAUCAUUUUAUCGACGCAUGUCUGAGCUGCCGGAAGCCGAACGCCGCGCACAAUUGACCCGUCUUGAGGGGGGCACAAAUCAUCGGCACUCGCUGCGGCUCGAGGAUGAUUUGGACAGCUUCAAGCCACUGACCUUGCAGGAGACUGAUACCAACCGUUUGGCCAUGACCAAUGUCACGUAUGAGGAUGUAGAGGGCGAAGCCGAACAAGCCAACCCGGCAUAUGGGGCCGCCUUGGGGGAGCAGGUCAAUCCGGCGUAUGGUACAGCAUUGGCUAGCGGCUUGGCAAAUCAGAACCCAGCGUAUGCACAGUCCGGCACGCCGGACGGCAAUCACGCCUAUGACACGGUGCCUGGUGCUCGCCUCGAUGCGCAGUACUCGGAGAUUGAGGGCGCAUCCGAGCAAGUUAACCCGGCGUAUGGCCGCACACCGGACCAGGGUGCGGCUCACUAUGAGGUAAUUCCCAGAACUCGGCCAACCCUACAACGCCAAUCUGCCUCAAAUGCAUCUGAGCCCGCAUAUAUGGACAGCCACAGCCUGAGCUAUGACGAGAUCACGUUUUGUUCUGGCAACACCAAGCGGCGCACGCGCGUCAUUGCUGCGGGCAUGUACGAAGAUAUCGAGUCUGGAAACAUUCUCGUGACGGCGACAAAGGAGACGCGUCGAGCGUUUGCAGCAGAUGCCACAAACGUGUCGCAUUAUGACUUGGUGCCCGCUGCCCGCAGCGGGCCUGGGUAUGACGAGGUGCCCGGGCAGCGUGCGCAAUACUUUGAUCCUAAGACUUUGAGCUCAGGUUCGCAAGGGCCGGCUUACUUUGACCCCGCAAAACUGCGUUCACCUGCUCCGGAAAGCGAGCAGCCUACGAGCGGGCAGACGGAAUACCUGGACGUUCAACCCAACAAGACCUCGGACAAAUCUUUUGCCAUCGACUUCCGUGCAGGUUAUGACGUGCCUACCUUUGAGCCGGGGGACAACGGGGCAGGCGCUGGGCUGCCAAACGCCUCACCGAGACGGCCCGAGUAUGAUGAACCAUCCUUUGCUACGGAGGGUCUGUAUAGCGACGCGCAAACUCUAGGCCGUGACAGCGAGUACGAGAUGGUGCAGCCACAGGAGUACAUGGAAGUGCCACGUACCGCAAUCUUGCGCAAUCCCUUGUAUGCGGGGCUUUUGUGUGAUCAUGACAAGCAGGUGUCACGACAGAACUCUGAGCCGUCCCGACCCCCGUCACGCUCUCGGCCCCCUUUGAGCCGAGGCGACUCCGGGCUGACCCGGCAGCCAGCAGCAGCGCUCCACUCGGCAAUAGAUUAUCAGGAAAACAAGUCAGCCAGAGGUCAGCAGCAACAAGAGAACUGA